AACAACAAUCUUCGCUUCUCUGAUCAUCUUUCUUGUGCAAUGGCAGGUCAAAAAAUACUAUCAUUCUUUGUUGUAGCUCUCUUUGUUACUUUCGCAGCUGCUGCUCGGUUUCUUGAUGAAGAAGAUACAUUCCCAGCCACAGCCAUCCCGGGCUCAGGUCCCUUCCCCGGGCCUUUACCAGCGUCUGGCUCAAGUUCUGCUGGAAUUGGCUCAGGCUCUGCCGGAACUGGCUCAGGUUCUGCAGGAACCGGUUUAGGUGGAGGAACAGGAUCAGUACCAUCAAGUGGUUCAGGUCCUAUUGCCACGAGUCUUGGUGCAGGAACAGGGCCAGUCUCAUCAAGUGGUUCAGGUCCUCUACCAACCGUUGGCUCUGUUCCUGGUCCUUUACCCGUUGGUGGUGGUCCAGGUUCCUUGCCUGCCACUGGUCCCGGUCCUUUACCAGCUGCUGGUUCAGCCACCGGUCCUGGAGUAGGUACCGGCCAAGCUCUUGGUGGUGGUGCAGGGGCUGGUCCAACUCUUGGUGGUGGUGCAGGGGAUGGUCCAGCUCUUGGUGGUGGUGGUGGUGUAGGUCCUGACCACACAUUAGUGUUCUUCAUGCACGACAUACUCGGCGGUUCAAAUCCCACGGCAAGAGCCGUAACCGGAGUCGUCGCAAACCCGGCUUUAAGUGGUCAACUCCCAUUCGCUAAACCCAAUGGCGCAAACCUUCCCAUAACCAACGGGGUUCCAUCUAACAACAACAACAAUGGAAUCGUCAACAACAACAACGUCCCUCUUCUCGUUGGACUCGGGGGAAACACAGCCAACAUUCUCCAGAACAACAACGGAAACAACAACCUCUUAAACGGUCUACCAGUUGCUAACGGCGGUCAGCUCCCGAGCGGUUCUGCUCUACAGAUGCUUAUGUUCGGAACCAUGACUGUGAUAGACGAUGAACUAACCGAAGGUCAUGAACUUGGGUCUGGUCUGCUCGGGAAAGCGCAGGGGUACUAUGUGGCGAGUGCGGUUGAUGGAACUAGCCAGACCAUGGCGUUUACUGCCAUGUUCGAGAGCGGUGGUUAUGAAGAUAGUAUAAGCUUCUUUGGUGUUCAUAGAACAGCGGCUUCGGAAUCGCAUUUAGGAGUUAUGGGAGGUACUGGGAAGUAUGUGAACGCGAGAGGAUUUGCGAUUGUGAAGACGUUUACAGGAUCUAGCGGGACGCAGCAGCAGCAGCCGCAUCAGUUCACUGAUGGCCUUGAGACUGUCCUCCAGUGCACUGUUUAUCUAUCUUACUAGUUUUGCUUUGUUUUCUUCUUCUUGUGUUGGGAGUUUGGGAAUGUUUGGUUGGUGCAUGUGGCUUUAUCAGUUGUAAUCUAAGUGUGAAAAGAGUUGUACAAGAAAAUACAUGAAACUGAACUUUGUAUUUAAUUUUUGUUUUGUUUGUGAAGUUAUAGAUUUCAGUUCUUUCUGUUUUGCA